UUAAACCGGAAACUGUGUAGCCGCUCGCAUACAGGCCAGGAGCAAGCGUUGGCCACAUGUGUUUUGCAGACCGUUUUACCGUGGAAAAAGAUCGCCGAAAAUGUCGUGUUUACGUAAUCCGUGGUAACGUGACGUUGAAACGGUGCUCCUGAACUCGCUGCUGUUGUGACAAAAUUUUUGACAUCAAACAAUCCAGGAAAGAUACGCAAAAUAUAAAGAAGAACGCAAAGAAGAAAAAUUACUUUUAUUAACAAGGUGUAUUCUGAUUGUCUACUCUAACUUCCUCGUUUCUACUCGGCACGCACUGCGUAUACUCCUAUAUUUCUUCGACGUAUAUCAUCUAUAAAGAAGGUAGAUUAACCAUCAUUUAAUUAUUCAUCGGUUAGGAAAAUAUUUGUACCGGCUGAUUUUCGAUCGUCUAGUGAAAUCGCCGAGUCAGCGUGUUCUUAACCACGCAACCUAUUGCCUCGUGUACAUAAAACGAGAAUUCUUCGUACAUUCGAUUGAAUUUUAGUAGAAAUUUUUUCGUCAGAAAUUUGUUCUUCGUUGAAUUUCUAAAGAACAUUCUGGUACGGCUGAAUUAAAAAAGUAUAAGAGAAAAAAAGAGACGUUAUAGAUAUUCAGUAACGACCGCGUGUGCACGCCGCGCCUUCUGGAAAGAGCGAUUCCUCGUGACGAGUUUCGAGUGGGCGUUCUAUUCGUCAAGAAAAAGGAGUAACGGCUAAUGUUCUACGUUUGUGUUAAAUUUAACGCCAACUUCUAUUAAAUUUAAUGUGUUCGUGCUUUGUCGAGCACGAACUCAAAAGAGACAUGAGUCCAGUCUGUAGUAUGGAGGAUAUCCUUAGAUUGAUGUUUUAAAGCCGAAUCGACACACGAUACGUCUCGAAUCUCUAAUCAGGCAACGAGGCUGUUCGGUUAGAUUAAUGUGUCCGAGGGUGUUCGACGUUCCUCAGGACUCCUCAACCGCCUGAGAGGAAGCAAUAUCUUAUAAAACCUUUUUGAACAAAAUCCUCGUGUUCGGACCUCGUGUUUUGUCUUUCGGCGCGUACUAUUCAAAAUGGCGGCCAAGGUGGCCAGUGGCACGCAGGGAAGUGCCGAGAAGGAACAGUGCCCCGGAGUCUCUUAUGCAAGUAUCUUGAAUCCAAAAAGUGGCACCGAGACCCGAGUUGUUAACAAAGGUAACAACAAGGAGAACAUUGGUAAUCAAGUGGUUCAACAACAAUCCGUACCCAUCAAGGAUUGUAUUGCUUCUCAGAAUUUAACUGUUAAAGGGAAGUCUUAUCAAAGAACUGGAAGGAGAAUCAACUCACAAAGCAAAAUCGAAAAACGUUAUGGAAACGAAUUACCAACUGGCAUUGAACAGAAUCAGUUAGUUAUUCAGAAGGAUAAUUUAGUUGAGGAAAGACAAGAAGCCACUGUUGAACAAAUGAAUGGUGACAUAGGAAGUGAUGGAGAAUUUCAGACAGUAGCACCAAAGAGUGCUAGAAGAAAAGAAAAGUUAAGGGAGCAGCAGCGAGAUUUUAGAGAAAGGCAGAAACAUCGUGAUCAUAGACAUCCUCUUCGUGGUCAUACUGGAAGCAAUGAAAGAUCUUAUAAGGAACGAGAACGUGGAGAUAGAGGAGGUAUGGAGCAUGUUGUGGGAAAUAAAGAUGUUUUGAAAGAUAAAGAAGAAACAGAGGCAGAAUCGGAAAUUCAAUCUUCAGCUCCUGUUAAAUAUGUAGAAGCUCCUUUACCUGCAGUCAAUCCGUGGACUAAAAGUAAAAUUAUAACACCAGUUACACCUGCAAAUUUUGUCUCUACUGUACCUUCAGGGACUGUGGUAUCUAUGGAAAAACAAACUGACAAAGAAAAAAGAAUACUUCAACCUCAGCAGCAGCAAGGGAUUGUUGAAAAUGGCAUCAACACUGGAAAUCAUCCGACUAUUGUGACGGUGUCAAAGGAUAGAAGAAAAUUUAAUCAAAAGGCGAGCGACUUCUCAGAUAUCGGCGAUUGGCCAACUUUAGAAGCUUCAGGAGAGAAGAAGACAGUUGUAACAGCACAGAAGCAAAAUGGUGUGAUUGAACAAAAUAACUGCAGAGAAAGUAGCAGUAAUGCUGUUGAAAGCAGAGGAAAAGAAAACAAAGAGCAGAACCAUUGUCAGCAUGAUGAUGAAGAACAUUUGGAUAGUAAUGAAAAGAAAAAAAAAGUGAACAAGCAGAAAUGGGUACCGUUGGAAAUAGAUAUAGCAAAAAAUCGGAGCAAAAGAGAUCGGUCACCAAAGUACCAUAAUCAGAGGGAAAAGAGUGGAGAAGAAUUAUAUCUUUUAACAGAAGCAGAUUCGUAUAGAAAUAGAGAGCAUGAUAGGCCAGCGUAUAUUACAAGAGGUGGACGAGGUGGGCGAAGUUACAGAGGAAGAGGAGGGCGUGGUGGACGAGGCUCUUAUCGUGGUGGUUUCAGGCACAGACAUGACCAAGUUUAUAUGCAGAUGCAUAAAUUUGGUCUUUUGGAUCCUAAUUAUAUGGUGGGUUACAUGGGAACAUUUUAUUUUAGUAAUUUCAUGAACAUAAAUACAUCGGCGCUUAAGGAAAUUCUGAGGAAUCAAAUAGAAUAUUACUUCAGCGAAGAGAACCUUUUAAGGGAUUUCUUUUUGCGUCGUAAAAUGGACGCACAAGGCUUUUUACCUAUUACUUUAAUUGCUUCUUUUCAUCGUGUACAAACGUUAACGACAGAUGUUGGACUUGUUAUUGAGGCGAUUAUGGAAUCCGAUAAAUUAGAAUUAGUGGAUGGAUUUAAGGUCAGAACGAAAAUAGAUCCUUUGAAGUGGCCUAUCUUGGACGCGGCUGGAAAUCCCGUAUUCUUAGAACCGUCUAAUACUUCGAAUUCAUCUCAAAACGAAGUAAUACUCUCCUCCACGUCCGAAUCCGAUUUUUGCCCUGCUGCGAGACCUUUAUCUACAAUUCCUAUUCCCCCAGUUCCGCGCGUUCUUCAAUCCAACCAUACUAUCCCAACAAUAGGAAGGCUUAGUGAAUCAGAAAGUAUAUCCUCAUUAAUAGGCGACAGUUUAAAUCCUGACGUACCGGAGUUCAUACCAAUUUCGAACGAACUGACAGACAAAAAUAACGAAUCUGUUGUAUUCGAUAAUACAAGCGAAUCGUUCAAGACAGAAAAACAAUCAGUAGAAGUGAGAAGCAUUCCAGUACUAUCGAGUGACAAUUCAUUACUGCUCUCAAGAAACAAAGCUUCGAAACCGGGCGAUAAAAUGUCCACAACAGUCAAGUGUUCUAGUCCAUCCUCCGUACCAGAAGUGCAAGUCAACGGAGAAUCACAAUCUGUCAAUGAUGUUUGGAAAGAGGUAAGGCGAAGGGUGAAACCGUCACAUAAGGAAAGAAACGAAGAAAAAGAGAAAAUUGAUAACGUUAAAAGCGAAGAAAGAGAGGAGUUAGACUUUCAAUUUGACGAGGAACUUGAUACGCCACCACCAACUGGCCGCCACAAUGCAUUUUCUGAAUGGUCUGAAGACGAUGAAGAUUAUGAAUUGUCAGAUAGAGAUGUCAAUAAACUUUUAAUCUUUACACAAACGUCGGUGCCCAUGUCGACGCGUAUUCCGAAACACGAAGGUCAUGAUCGAACUGGUGACUGGACAACAAGAGUAAAAAUGACCCAGGAUCUCGAGCAAGCUAUCAAUGAUGGAUUAUACUAUUAUGAAGAAGAUUUAUGGAUGAAAGAUGGUCAAAGGUAUGGAUCUUCGUCGUCAAUUGGAAGCUAUAAAACUGUCAAUGUGAUUAGUCAAGAAGAUUUUGAAAAAAUGGCUCCUAAAGCGCCUAAAAAAGCUAAUCCGGAAGUUCCACCUCCACCACCAUCCGCAAUAGAAGAUAUGGAAGUGUCUCGUUCGCUUCCAACGCAGAUGUCAAUAACUACAGAUGGUCAAGAGAGAAGAGAUCGUCGUAUAGAUAGAAGUCGUUGGAAUGAUAAAUCGAGAAGGGAUAGUAGAAGAGGAGUGGUUCCUCGUUUCUUCGCGGUAGUAAAGGACGAACCUUCGGUAGAUCCUAGGACACCGCGAAAAAGAAAAACACGACAUAGCAAUAAUCCCCCUGUUGAACAUCACGUUGGCUGGAUUAUGGACGUUCGGGAGCAUCGACCGCGUACAUAUUCUACGGGAAGUAGCACAGGAACAAGUCCAAAUGAAGGUUACCUUGCGAGUAGUUACGGAAGUGCACCACAAUCAUUACCAAUAUUUCAUCACCCGAGUCAUGCUCUUCUAAAAGAAAACGGUUUUACGCAGCAGGUCUAUCACAAGUAUCAUUCACGUUGCUUAAAAGAACGUAAGAGACUUGGAAUUGGCCAAUCUCAAGAAAUGAACACACUUUUCCGUUUUUGGUCAUUCUUCUUGCGGGAAAAUUUCAAUCGUACUAUGUACGAAGAAUUCAGGACUGUAGCCAAAGAAGAUGCCUCUGAGGGUUACCGAUAUGGUUUAGAAUGCCUUUUUAGAUUUUAUAGUUACGGUUUGGAAAAGAGAUUUAGACAUCACCUGUAUAAAGAUUUCCAAGUCGAAACGAUACAAGAUUACGAAAGUGGUCAACUGUAUGGAUUAGAAAAAUUUUGGGCGUUCUUAAAGUAUUAUAAACGCUCUGAUCAACUUCAAGUAGAUCUUAAAUUACAGGAGUAUUUGUCUAAAUUCAAGAGUAUCGAAGACUUUAGAGUGGUCGAGCCUCAAAUAAAUGAAAUGCUGCAAGCAUUUGCUGCAAACUCACGAUCUCAGGCCGCGAAGAGACGAAACAGAAGUGUGUCCGAAAGUGCAGGUGACGGUGAUGCUUCACCUACCAACAGAGUUCGUCGACUAUCUGGUGGUUCCAGUACCGUAACGUUGCCAACUUCAAAUUCUGAACAUAAUUCCGUCGCGCAAAAGUCUCGUGUGGACUCAGUGAAUCUUUCGCAGUUUCGUAACAGAGCCGAUUCGUUUGGAUCUGGACGAUUAGGCCAUCCUAGAAGACGGAACGACGCUGGUCCCUCUUUCUCGAAUAUUCAACGAGAUUUAAGUAAACAACAACAGCAAUCACGAAGCAAGCAAAAUUCCGGCUCAUGUACGAAAGCUCAAGAAGUGAGUGGCAAGUCUCAAAACGUCAUAAGGGAUCGUUUCCUGGCGAUCUCUAAGACCGAGCAGACGAAGUCGGCCACAAUCAAGACGGAUAGCACGUCGAUUUCUAAAAAAUGAGAUCAGCUUGAAAAUUGAUGGUGGCCUUAAAAGAAAUCUGAUUGUGCCUGAAGUUAAUGGGUUACAUCGAACUUCAUCCGAGUUUACUUUAGCCGGACGCCACCGAGGAAAUUUCAUCUGUCGAGUUUGAAUGCAUGAACUAAGGGAUUAAUUCAAUUUUUCAUUCAUCAUGUGAAAUUUUCUCAAAUUAUCGAAAGCUUAAGAAAAGUAGGGAGAGAUCAUUUAUACGUAAAGUGUAUAAGAUGUUUUAUAGUAGAACUAAUCAACGAUUACUCUUCGUAAAGUAAUUCUUUUUAAAAAAAAAAAAGGAAGCAUAUUUGCUUCUUUGACUUUGUUCUCGGAGAGACAAUAGAUUUCGUAACUAUUUCUGAAAAUUGGUGAUUUUUACAUGUGUUCAUAAGUUUCAUCAGUGAUUCCGUGAUAAUAUUAUUUAUGAGGUGUUGCUUUGUGCGAUAAGUCAAACGUUCCAUGCAAGUUGUUUCAAUUGUUUAAAAUCCGAAAAUUGUACCUAUUGAAAAAGCUCAUUUAAGUGAAUAUAACAGACGUAUAUUUUUUAAAAAUAUUAGACCCAAGGACCGUUUAUAAAUUCAUUUGUAAAUUAUUUGACACGUUACAAAUUAUAAGUGUGAUUUUUCAUCUACGCUGAAAAACAUUUAUACGAAGCAGGUUAUUUUUAUCAAGACUGUUGGUACAAUCUUUCAAACAAUAAUAUUAAACUAAUGUAAAGUGUGAAAUAGGGUUAAUGCUCCCUAUGUUCUCUAUGUACUUUCUGUUUCUUCCUCUCAUCGUCUUCCUUUUGUAUCUUUGCCAGAUCUGAAUUUCAACUGAAAGCUGAACCUUACCAACUGCUAUGUUACAAUUUGUUUUUCAAUUAUUUAUGAUUUUCUCAUCAAGUCAGUGAGCUUCAGAUCAGCUAUUUAGUUGGCAGUAUAUUUAAUCGAAUAUUUGUUGGCUCUUUAACUGAAUUAUAGUUAGACAAUUUUUAUAGAAUUGUACAGGUUAUCAUUAAUUGCGUGUCGAUUCUUGAAAAACCUAACCUCAUACUAAUUACAAAGAAAGGACGAUACCUGUCUUUAGGUGAUCAUUCUAGAGUUCCUACGUCCGUUCGAAUGACUUUUGUGCUUGCAAUGAGCAUUUGACACGUGCUCAAGUCCAAGAUGUUGUAUUAUUCUUUGUAACAGUGUUGCAUGAUUUGACAAGUAAAAAUUUAGGUAUUUUUUUAGUAGUGUUUUGAGGAAAUGUGUUACAGAUAAUUGUGUCUUUUUUUGUAUUUAUUAAAAAAUACAAAAAUUAUAUAUGUCCCUACGUAGUUUUAGGUCAAUCGUAUGAAUAUUUUCUACGUUGCAUUUAAGAGAUACCAUUAUUUUUACAUAGUCUAACUAUUUUUAAUAAUUUUCUUGAAAAACAUUCUUCGAAAUAAAUCGGUCGAAACCUAACAACCCCGUAAAUUGUACAUCACGUGUCUACUUAGAAUUUUUUAUAAUAUUUACACAUACGUUUGCAAUAACGAUUAUUCAGUCUCUUUUUUUACAAUUUCGAGUAAUUACGAAAUGUUUUCUUAUUUAUUUUAAAUCACGCGUCACUAUCAUAUAAGGUACAUCACGGAUAUCAAGCUACUUUUAUAUAUAAGAAAUACAAAUUCAAUUUUUUAACCAGCCACUUUCUAUGCUUUUAUGUCACUUGAUAUGUAUUCCUGCUCUUUUUUUCUUUUUCAAAGUGUUUCGUGAGUCAGUAUUUUAUAACUCACUCAAUAUACACAUUUUGACUUGGUUUUCUGUAAUUCGUACUUAAAACAUAUACAAAUUAAGACACGCGUUAGAAGUUUCUGAAUUUAUCUUCAAGUAAUUCCACGCUCCUUUGUCUAAUCUAUGUUUUCGUUGCAGAAAAUGAAGCGAUACUUUUCUCCUGAAACUAAAUAUUCGAAAGCUCAAUAGUUUAUCUUAAGGUUUUUCGCUCGCAGGUCCUUGCCAUUUUACAAACAUUUUCAUUGUCCCUAUAUAGGAUUACAGAAUUCAAAAUACCUGUAUUAAUAAAAUUGACAAUUUUUUAAAAAGUAAUUCGUUAAUAGGUCAUAAUGAAACGUAUAAAAUAAAAUCGAUAAAACGAUCAACUUAUAAAGGUAUUAACAAUAAGGAAAGCGAGUACGAUGAAAACGAAAGGAAACAAAGAUAACGUAAAAGAUGUUACAUACAGCAAUUUCGAACGGACGAAGAUCGAUUAGCACAAAGCAACAGAGACAAAGAGAAUAAACGCGAAAACGAAUACUAGAAAGAAAAAUAUGGUGCCAGGAACUAAGCUGUAGACGAACGAAGGGAACUUCAUAAUUAAAUAGUGAAUAUCUUAUGUACAUAGAACGUGUUCGUAGUCUAUUUUGCCAUUUCGUAUACAACGGCGUAGGAUUAAACUAAAACUAGUUUCUAAGCGAGUGAUUCAACUUAAACUAAAAAAGAGCGUAUCGCUAUAAUAAAAAAAAAAAGAUAUGACUGUAGGCUUAAUCGAAUUUAGAUUAGGAGUAACGAUAACUGUCGCUAGGAUUCGAUCGUCGUUCUUUUUCAACUUCAUUCUCCUUUGUCGUAAUUGGUUUUUCAAUUAAUCUUGUGCAUGUAUAUAUAUAUAUACACAUGUUUUUUGUUAUUUUUGUGUUAUUGUUUAGUUGUUUUAAUGUUUAAGCACGAUCGUGAAGUAAAAAAGAGAUUAUAUGUAUGCAUUUGCACGAUGACUGGACGUAAUCUGUUAUGACGUUCUUGUGAAAUUUGGGAAUUUAUCUCUCUUUAUCUUUGAAGUGAUCACGUUUCAGUGGCUAAUAGUAUAUAUACAUAAUAAAGAAUGAUUUUAUUUAA